CUGUCAUUUCCGGCUUGUCAUCAACAUAAAAUUAUUUGGCAGGUUGAUUAAUAAGACCAUUCAAGAUGACAGACUCCAAGUAUUUCACCACCACCAAAAAGGGUGAGAUAUUUGAACUGAAGUCAGAAUUACAGAGUGAGAAAAGAGAGAAGAAAAAGGAAGCAGUAAAGAAAGUAAUAGCCAGUAUGACAGUGGGUAAAGAUGUUAGUGCAUUGUUCCCUGAUGUUGUGAACUGCAUACAAACAGACAAUCUAGAAUUAAAGAAGUUGGUAUAUUUGUAUCUGAUGAAUUAUGCCAAAAGUCAACCAGACAUGGCUAUCUUAGCUGUCAAUACAUUUGUCAAGGACUGUGAAGAUUCUAAUCCAUUGAUCCGAGCUCUGGCUGUGAGAACUAUGGGUUGUAUCAGAGUGGAUAAGAUUAUUGAUUACCUGUGUCAACCUCUGAGGAACUGUCUAAAGGAUGAAGAUCCCUAUGUAAGGAAGACUGCUGCAGUCUGUGUUGCCAAGUUAUAUGAUAUAAACGCACAGCUGGUGGAGGACCAAGGCUUCUUGGAUCUGUUACGUGACAUGCUGUCUGAUUCUAAUCCAAUGGUUGUAGCCAAUGCUGUAGCAGCUAUCUCUGAGAUAUUAGAAUCUUCCCCUACAGCUCAACAGGUUCUGGAGAUGAAUGCUAGCACUAUAAAUAAACUACUAACAGCAUUGAAUGAGUGUACAGAAUGGGGACAGGUGUUUAUCCUGGAUGCUAUAUCUAACUACACACCAAAAGAUGAUAAAGAGGCUCAGAGUAUUUGUGAGAGAGUGACACCACGACUGGCUCAUGCUAAUGCUGCUGUUGUUCUAUCAGCUGUUAAGGUUAUAAUGAAAUUCAUGGAGAUGUUGGAUGCCACAUCAGAAUAUGUUCUGACACUUGUGAAGAAGUUAGCUCCCCCUCUUGUCACUCUUCUGUCAGCAGAGGCAGAAAUACAAUAUGUAGCUCUGAGAAAUAUCAAUCUCAUUGUACAGAAAAGAUCAGACAUCCUGAAGAAUGAGAUGAAAGUAUUCUUUGUGAAAUACAACGAUCCUAUAUAUGUCAAACUUGAGAAAUUGGACAUAAUGAUCAGAUUGACAAGUCAGGCUAAUAUAGCACAAGUUCUCGCUGAACUGAAAGAAUAUGCUACAGAGGUUGAUGUAGACUUUGUGAGGAAGUCCGUCAGAGCUAUUGGUAGAUGUGCCAUCAAGGUAGAACCAGCAGCCGAGAAGUGUGUCAGCACAUUACUUGACCUUAUACAGACAAAGGUCAACUAUGUCGUACAGGAAGCCAUUGUUGUCAUUAAGGAUAUCUUCAGAAAGUACCCAAACAAAUAUGAGAGUAUUAUUGCAACACUGUGUGAGAACCUGGACACUUUGGACGAGCCAGAAGCUAGGGCUUCUAUGAUUUGGAUUAUUGGAGAGUACGCUGAGAGAAUAGACAAUGCUGAUGAAUUACUUGAGAGUUUCUUAGAAGGAUUUCAGGAUGAAAACUCACAGGUACAACUUCAGUUGUUGACAGCUAUAGUGAAGUUAUUUUUAAAGAGGCCAACAGACACACAGGAAUUAGUCCAACAAGUUCUCAGCUUAGCAACACAGGACAGUGACAAUCCAGAUUUGAGAGACAGAGGUUAUAUUUACUGGAGGUUGCUAUCAACAGAUCCUGCUGCUGCUAAGGAAGUAGUAUUAGCAGAGAAACCGUUGAUCUCAGAGGAAACGGAUCUGAUAGAACCAACAUUACUUGAUGAAUUGAUUUGUCACAUAUCUAGUCUGGCCUCUGUGUAUCACAAACCUCCUAAUUCAUUUGUUGAAGGUCGUCAAGGUGGACUGAGGAGAGCUCUUCCUCCCAAAUCUUCAUCUUACAGAAAGCCCACUAGACGAGGGAACUUGGCAGAGCAAGAGACCCAAGCUGUGGUAGAAAAUAUGGGUGCUCCAGCUGCUCCACAAUCCACUGUGAUCCCUGGUGUGGACUCACUGAUAGGAGAUCUGCUAGAUAUGGACCUGGGUGGUCCUUCAAUGGCUCAACAACAACAGAUGUUUGGUGGUCCAUCACAGACACCAGUACAGACCUCUGGUGCUAUGGACCUCUUAGGAGAAGGUUUAGAUUCAUUGCUUGGAGGUCCAGCCCCUGCAGGUGAUGGAGGUUUAGGUGGACUAGGAGAUAUCUUUGGAAUGUCACAAUCACAGUCAUAUACUCCACCACAAGAGGUGUGGAUACCUGCAGCUAAAGGCAAAGGUUUAGAAGUUACAGGAACAUUUAUACGCAAAAAUAAACAAGUUAUAAUGGAUCUGACAUUUAGUAAUAAAGCCAUGCAACCUAUGGCAGGCUUUGCUAUACAGUUUAAUAAAAAUAGUUUUGGUUUAAUACCAGCCAAUCCAUUACAAGUACAGAGUCCUUUACCACCCAAUCAGAGUGCCAGUACAUCUCUAGUUCUGAAUACAACUGGACCAAUACAGAAAAUGGAACCUUUAACUAGUUUACAGGUUGCUGUUAAAAACAAUAUAGAUGUAUUUUACUUUAGUUCUAAUGUACCUAUACAUGUAUUCUUUACGGAAGACGGUGAAAUGGAAAAACGUGUUUUCUUAGCAACAUGGAAAGAUAUUCCUGCACAAAAUGAAGUCCAAUACACAAUUAGUAAUGUUGAACAUAAUGCAGAUACAGUCUCCGCUAAGUUACGGAACAAUAAUAUAUUUACUGUUGCCAAAAGAAAUGUUGAGGGACAAGAUAUGUUGUACCAGUCCCUGAAACUGACCAAUGGCAUCUGGGUAUUAGCUGAACUCAAGAUACAGCCACCAAACACCAACUUUGUGCUUUCCUUGAAGGCGCGAGCUAUGGGUGUAUAUACGGUUAUACAGAAAGCCUAUGAUACCAUUCUGCACAAUUAAAUGUUUCAUUAAGAAGUGGUACACCAGACAUCUUCCCAGAAAUUUUCCAGAUUCUCGACACGAUACUUCACAAUUAAGGAUUUUGACGAUUUUAAAUGUUGUGUGAAAUAAUUGUUAGAGAGUACAUUCCAAGUGUGACUGGAUUAUCUGGAUUCAUACUUUAUAAAACAUUGUAUUUUGUAAAAGGCUUUGCUAUUAUUGUUCAAACAUGUGUUGUUUACAUUCACUGAUGGAAGUAAAAAAAAUUACUGGGUUUGGUUAAAAAAAUGUAUUGUUGUGAUAAGUCGUCAGUUUCAGUUUUCGUAAUAUUAAUUCAUAAAAAACACUGUAAUACUCUAUCAUUAUAUACUUGUAAAGAACAUGUAGCUAUACAGAAUAAAGAUCAAAUAAAUAAAUGGUAUCUUU